AUGUCUACGAAUAAUAAUCAAUUGGACAAAAAAAAUAUUGAACGACUUGUAUCACAAAAUAGCACAUCAAUAUCCUAUAUAAAACCAAAUGAAUCGAGUAAAAUUGAAUUUUCCAAGUACUGGAACAGUUUUAGUCAAAUAUAUAUUUCUAAUGUUAAACAAGACUUUAUUGUUUGUGAUCAUUGUAAAACAAUAUUAGUUUACAAGUCAUCAACAGGUUCUGGUUGUAUGAUUAAUCAUUUACGUUUUUGUCAAUCCAAACUUAAACAAGCUAAUUCAUCAGGUGAACAACAAACAAUCAACAAUUAUUACAAGUCAACUUUCAGUGAUAAAAAACAAAUACCAAAAGAUAUUAAACGUGCUAUUACAACGUCUUGUGUUCAAUUUGUUGCCGAAGAUGGUCGAGCAUUCCACUUACUUCAAGGACCUGGUUUUGUUCGUUUAGCAAAACAAUUAUUUGAUAGUGGUCAGCGUUUACCAUCAUCAACAAAUAUUAGUAUUGAAGAUUUAUUACCAACUCCUUCUACUAAAAGUCGAAAUAUUGAUAAAAUGUAUGAUUAUUACAGGGAACAAUUAAUAAAAUUUUGUAAAUCAAUGGAUAGUUAUUGUGCAAUUGUGGAUUUUUGGUGUGAACCGUUUACAGGCUGUUUUCCAUAUGAAAUGGAAAAUAAACGUGCACCAACUAUUCGUACAUUUAUUGAUGAUAUAUUAAAAAAUUUUGGUUUAGUAUUGGACCAGGAAAAGUUCGUCGUGAUCGACAAUGAACCAACGAUGUUAUGCACUUUCAAUACAAGUUGUAAAAGAAUAGGCUGUAGUGAUCACUACAUCAACAAACAGCAUCAAUAUACAUUUACAACAAAAACAAUUGAUGAAAAAUCUGUUAGUUGUGAUUUAGCUCAAGGACUUUUCAAUAAUGUUAAAACUCUUGUUUCAAAUACUCGUCGAAUACACAAGCAGCAAAAUCUAUCGAAACAGUUGGUUUUGUAUGCAGAUACACGUUUUAGUGGUGCUUUUGAAAUGCUCAAUGUAUUUUCAAGCAUUUUUGAUGAAUCAGUUCAAAUCCUCGAUUCUAAAUUAUCAGCAAUUUAUUCUAAUAUUGAUAAGGAUCUUUUAGUUGAUAUAUGUCAUUUUUUAUUUCCAUUCGAUACAGUACUUCGAGCAUUAAGUGAUGAUAAACGACCGACAAUUCAUCGUGAAUUACCAUUCAAACAAUAUUUGAUCAACAAAUCUGUAAUUGAUGAAAAUGAUGAUGAAGCUAUAAAACAAGUGAAAUCAUUCUUGGGUAAACGUUUAAAUGAAAAAUGGGAAAUAACUGAUCAACAUCUUAUUGCUGCAGUACUUCAUCCGAACAAUAAACAUUUACAUAAAACUCCUCAAUUCAAAGAUCGUGCAUUGUUUUUAUUAAAACAAGAAAUGUGUAAACAUUAUGAUCGUUCUUUAUCUACAAGUUCAUCACCUGUUGCAGUUUCACCAAUAACAUCAUCAACCAGUUCAAUUUCAUGUUCACCAUCAACCAGUUCAAUUUCAUGUUCACCAUCAAUCAGUUCAAUUUUGUGUUCAUCAUCAACGUUGUCCUCAUCUUUAACAUCAAUUACAAAAUCUGUUCGUCUAGAUGCACGUGAUAUUUUAUUACGAGAAGCCUUUGACAAACCACCUUCACCUUCAGUAACAGAUAUGAAUGAUAUUGAUAAAGAAUUCGAAAAUUAUUUAGCAUCUACGUUGGUGAUGGAAGGUGAUGAAAAUGAUGAUAUACUUUCAUUUUGGAGACAGCAUAAACAAACAUUUCCAUUAAUUGCUUCAAUUGCUCGUGAUAUAUUAGC